AUCACCACACGAGCAGGUCGACUCGCAUUAUAUACCAUUAUUCAUUGCAACACAUUGAAGAGACGAACAAAUGAACGAGUCGAUCAGCAUGGAAUCAGUCAGUCAGUCAGUCAGUCAAGGAAUGAGUCGAUGGGUCUGGCCGGACCGUCCGUAUUGACACACAAUGAUUAAUAUGUAUACGUACGUACGUAUGUAUAUAGAGCAGCAGCAGCUUCAUCAGUACACACACAAUGGGUCGAUCAUCUAUCUAAUAGCAUAAGGUGCACCGGCCGAGGGGCGGACCGGUGAAUUGCGCACACAUGGAAGACAUGCAAAGCGACUGAGUCACACACCGAUACAUACGGAAUGAGUGAGUGAGUCUUUCUGGCAAAACGCGCACAAAGGUCCCAUCCUCUGUGAAGAAUACACAUGCACACGAGCUCCAUGAGCCGAUCGAGUAGCGUUUGUAUCCCGCCAGACAGACACACACACCCCUCCCCUGGCCCUCUUCUUUCCACUCAGUCAACCAGCGCUCGCUAUCCGCACCGCGAACACGUAAGUCAGUCUAAGCCGGCUCGUCUUCUCUCAGGCAGCCACACAUGCAUCCAUCACGCCAGGCGGCCGCGGCGUGCUCACGUCUGUCUGUCUGUCUGUCUGUUCGUCCGUCUGUGUUUCCCACUACCCUCCCACUACAUGGCCGUCUGUGGUGUGUGUGUGUCUGGUCAUCCAUCCUUGUUCCUCUUCUAUCUAUGGCCUUUCCCCCUCAGCGCCAUUGCUGCUGUCCGACGCAGACGACCCGUUGACGUGGGUGGCCGCCACGCCGUUGCCCGCCUGCUGCUGGUGGAGGUGGUGGUCGCCGCAGGGUGUGGAUGCGGGUGAGAGGCCCCGCGAGCGCGAUGAUGUGUUUGAUGGCGACAGGGCGAGUGAGUCGACAGAGGGGGGACGGGGGCGCAGCCGGGCGGGUCUCUCACUGUCACUGUCCAGGUCCAGCUCCUCGAGGUCAGCGAUGAGCUCCUCAUCCUCCUUGUCGGACUCGGAGUGGCGGUCAUUUGGGUGUGGUGGUGCUGGUGAAGCGUUGCUGUCACUGCCGUGUGACGGCCUCGGUGGUCCUUCCGGUGCGUGCGAUGCGGAUGCGACAGGACUCGCCCUCAGCGAGGGGCCUUCAAUGGCGUCCACGUAACGCUCCUUGAUCCCCCUCCCAGGGAUGCCUGCUCGUACGUACGUACGUACACAUGGAUGGAUACAUACACGUGUCUGUGAGUCAUGUGUGUCGUGUCUUGUUGUGUCGUGUGUGAGAGUGUGAGAGUGUGUGCAGGCAGCCGGCGCGUACCGUUGCACACGAGAUCGUCCGGAUUGAAGACCUUGAUGCAGGGAAUCCGCCACUCCUGCACAAGCACAAAAACACACGUACACUGACCGACUGACUGUGGCAGGCUGACUUUGCUGGCCAACUGCACCAGCAUCAGUGACUGCAUGGGUGCAUGUGUAUGCGUACCGUUCCGGAUGCGUGUAGCUGUGCUGGUCCGGGUGUGUCGUCGCGCACAGUGAGCAUGCGGAAGCACGGGUCCAGGAUGGCCAGCCACGACUGCCGCUGCUGGCUCACGCCCUGCUGACCCUGCAGCUGCUCACGCAACCUGAAGAAUACGACGACGCAUACGCAUACACAGACAUAACGAGGGAGAUAUCCGCGGGCAGGCGGGAGGGUGGGUGGGGGACGUACGCUGUAAGCCAGACAUUGUCACUGUUGUAGACUGCCAAGAGAAAGACACCCGCGUCGCUAUCCAUGCACAAAGCCAACCUAAACGAAGAACGGACCGGACCCACCACAGACCGACCGGCAAAGAGGCGUCGGCGGGAUCGUGUGGGCUCAUGUGGUGAGUACUGACUGACAUGGGGUUCAGGAUCAUUUUGGCUUCGAUCUCUAUGGGGAUCAGGUAACGCGCAACCACAACGGUCGACGGAUUGUCGCCCUCCCUGCAGCCAGCCAGCCAGCCAAUGCACACAUGCUCACAGAAUGUUCGUGCUUCGGUUGUCGCCCGCCUCUCUCUGUCGUCAGUUUCUUCCUCCUUCCCUCCCCCACUCCCUCCCUCCCUCCCUGGCUGGGAUACCUGAGUGUCUUAUAGCCCAUCUGUGUGACCUGCCCCUUAUUAUUCCCUCCCUCCCCCUCCCCGUCCCUGUCGGUGCUGUCCCCGCCCCCCACCCCGUUGGCCGGCGACCCAUCUGUGGACUCCCCCAUGCCCACGUCCUGCCCGUCGUGGUGCGAGCUGGCCGUGCUGCCGCUGCUGGGAGAGGCGUCGGGGCUCACACGCGACGCACCCUCGCCAUCCAUGGUUGUGGUGCCCAGCGGUCGCGAGGCCACCUUAUUCACAUCACUCGUGGUGGUGGUGAUGGCAGGUGUCUUGGUGUUGCCGGGCCGUGGGGGCUUCCCUCUGCCCCUGCCGCUUGUGGCCGUGGCGGUCGCUGUCGCUGUUGGUGUGCGUGAUUGGGUGCUGGUGGUGGCGCCGGCACGUGUGACGGCAGUGGGUCUAAAUUUGAGCGGCAGUCUCGGAACGACGCUUUGCUUGAUGACUCGGAGGGAAUCGCCCACUUGGCGGGCCUUCAGCCGACACUGCAUACAAUACACCGUGAUAGUAGGCGAAGUGCACAGACAGACGCACGUGAAGUGUAUAUCAAUCACCACCUUGUUUUUGAUUUGUGUGCCGAUCUUGGUAAGCAGUCUCGCGUGUUGCUGGUAGAGCGCGUCGGCACCGGCAUAGGGGUCGAUGACGUGACACUGCACACCCACACGUGUACAGACGGGCAGGGCGAUACCCGUCCACUCAUUCUAUUGUGUGUGUGGUGUGUGUACCCUUUUCCAAGCUUCGAUGGCCCCGUUGUAGUCCAGCAGGUAUCGGUAAGCCUCGGCCCUGUUGAGCCAGAUGUCGGGGUACUCAUGGCCGAGCUUGCCAAACAGCAUCUCCUACACACACAGAUACAUCAUCACUGCAUUUCGUGGAUGCCGGUGGCUUGCUUGUUUGCUCGUGUGCGUACCGCUCGUGUGAAUGCCUUGAGUGCCCUCUCCAUGGACGUCCUCAGGGCGGCCUCCGACUGCACCUUGGUCAUGGUCGCCUCCAUCAAAUACGAGUUGCCUGAGAAAACUGCACACACUCCCACACAUGACAAAUCGAUCGUCCCUCUGAGCGAGUGGAAUGUUGUAUGCAUUGCCACUUACACCAUGAGAAGGGGUCGUCUAGGUUGAGUGCGAGUGCCUGUUUGGUCAGUGCAAACGACUUGUGCAUGUUCUCAUGUCGCUCGGGGCUGUUGCCUGUCAUGUCAGGAUGCAGUCAGUGCGAUUUGCAUCAACACACACGAGAAAAGACAAGGAGGGAGAUACACCAGUAGGAUGACGUGCAGGUGUGUGCUGGUUGGUUACCCUCUCCUAUCGUCCUCAUGACCACAGCGAGGUACCGCAGCGGCUUAGCGUCACUAGAGUCCUGAUGCACACACACACAUACCGACCCGUUAUUUUGUGGCGUUUGUUAUGUUGCUCUUUCCUUCCUCCUGGCUGACCAGUUUGAUAGCCCUUUCUAGGCAGUCCCUGGCCUUGAGCAUAUCCCUCUUCUUGGCAUACGUGUGGCCCAAAGACGUCCACGCAUCACACAAACACGGAUCCAACUUAACCUGACAGACAGAUCAUCCACACGUGUACGGUGUACAGACAGAUACACUCCCACAUCGUUGAUUGCACAUUCAGACAAGCGGUGUACGUCUGUCUGCUUGCACACCGCUUUGGUGAGGAACUUCUCGGCCUCUUCUGAGUAGUUUUGCUGGUGCGCGUCAUGUGCCCGGCCUCGCAGAUAGAGCAGGCGGGCCCGAUCAACCACACACGAGCUACUCGAAUCACCAGCACCAAAGGGAACUGACACACACGACAGGCAGGGCAACGAUACAGACAAAGAAGGAAAGAAGGAGUGAAUGAGUGACAUGCACCCUCAUCUCUGUUCGCUUCGGCGCCUUCCCUCUGCAUCGCUUGCGAAUGCAGUCUGUGUGUGUGCGUAUCAUGGUACCUGCGGCGACCAUGUCAAUGAGUGUCAUGAUGGCCUGCAGCUCCUGCUGUAUCCUCGACUCCUUGUCACUCAUGUAAUAAAACUCGCAUAUCUCAUCCAGCGCCCGCACACGCCUCUCGACCUCCUGCAGCAGCUCCGCUUGCGACGGAACCGGCGCUGGCUCACUCAUCAAGCCCGCGGUCGCAGCACCCUUCGGCUGCCCCUCCAGCAGCCACUUAUGCCGUUCGGCAGGAUCGAUC